AUGAUAGAAGGGAGAAAUUGGCGCUGCUAUCGCCAAUAUGUCUGCCUCCAUGGAAAGUGCGCUCGGCCAGGGGCCUCGGGUGGGAUGGGCAAGGAACAAGAACUCAUCGAUGCAGCCAGGAAUGGAGAUUUCACACUUGUCGAAAAGUUGCUCAGUCUCAGGACGAAAAAAGUUGGGCCCAUUGCCAGCCUGAGGAGAGGACCUGGCCCCAAUGUCACUGAUAGUAGUGGCUAUUCGGCCCUUCAUCAUGCUGCACUCAAUGGACACAAGGACGUGGUGACGCUGUUGCUGCAGAACGAUGCGUCGACGAACCUGACCGACAACCGGGGCUCGUCCCCGCUCCAUCUGGCGGCCUGGACCGGGAACGAGGAGAUCGUGGAGCUGCUCCUCUCGCAUGGCCCGUCCAUCCCGGAUGUCAAUAUGACCAUGAACAUCCUCCCAUUCCUCGGAUAUCGCGGGCCUGCCCUCGUCGGCGUCAUCCUUCCCAUGGAUCGUGCCCUCCCUUCUCCGGGGCGGAGGGCCUGGGGUGGAGGGCCUGGGAUCCAGCCCUUUAGCUCUCCGUUCGACUUUCAGAACAAGGACAGCGAGACGGCGUUGCACUGCGCUUCCCAGUACGGGCACACGGGAGUGGUGAGCCUGCUGCUGGAGUACAGCGGGGACCCGCGGAUCAUGAACAGCCGGGCGGAGACCCCGCUGGACCUGGCCGCCCGGUACGGGAGGACUUCCACCGUUCGUGUGCUCCUUCGGACCCAUCCGGAGCUCAUUCGACCGUACCACGCGCCGUCCACCGCCGAUAACUGCUUUUUCACCCACACGCCGCUUCACGCCGCUGCUCGCAAUGGACACAAGGAAGUGGUGGGGCUGCUGUUACGGGCCGGGAUGGAUGUGAACGCGGUGACCCCGGGCGGAUCGGCCUUGCACGAAGCCACCUUAUGCGGGAAGGUGGAGGUGUUCAAGGCUCUCAUCAAGGCUGGCGUGGACCUGGACAUUAAGGACUCCCAGAAAAGGACCGUCCUGGACAUCCUGGACGAGCUCCGCACCUCGGUCACCAAGGAGAUGGCGAACAUCGUCAAGAGGCAUCUGGCUGCAGUGGACGGAGAGAGCACAGGCAGCGAAAGCGGUGGGGUCCAUUCCUCCCGCUAUAGCCCCUUCGAGGGGGUCAUCGGGUCGGAAUCUCAGCAGGCGUGGAAGAUCUUCCAGGACGCGCUGUCCGAGAAGAUCCGUGCCCGGAGGGAGAAGAUGGAGGAGAAGUGUCCCUCCAAGUCCCUGGACUCGAGUUACCAAGACUCGGAGGAUGGGUCGGAUGCCAGCAGUUCCCGCCCGGGGACUUCCCCGUCCCCAUCCCGAUCUCCAAAGCGGCCACACAGAGACUUGCUGUCUCUGUCCCUCGAUGAACGCGCCACCAGCAACCUGAUGAAUCUUGCUUCAAGGUCUCAAAGCUGCAUCCCCAGACCAAAGAGUGGUUUCUAUACCUUGCAGUCUAGUCAAAAACCGCAGCCACCCAUGAAACCACCCCGUCGGACUCCUGGUCCAUCCUCGCCGUACCUAUUGGGUGGUGCAUCCAAGGCCAAAGACAAUCACACGUCCUUCCGAGACGACACGCUCCUCUCGAAGGAAGGGAAGAUGAGCGCGGCGAAGCUCCGCCGCAGCGUCGCCGGCAGUUACGAGAACGUCUUGGACGACACGGGCGAGUCCGAGGACGACGAGGACCUCGUGACGGUCCGCAGCCGGAACGCCGAGGCUGCGACGACCGGUCACGGGAAGAGGGAGGGAGGAGGGAGGGAUGGAGGAAAGAGACCGAGGGCGCGACGGAGGGAGAACCUGAUGGGGACGCCGGAGACGCCGCCGAGCCCCAGCAAGUACAAGCAGCCGCCGACCCCGGAGCACCCACCGCCGUCGGCCCGCCAGGCGGAGACGUCCAUUCACUCCCGCAUCCGACCGAUCGGCCAGUGUACAUUUGUCUGCUUUGUCCUUCAACGUCCAUGUCCUUUUUUCUUUCUCUCCCCCCUCACCGUGCAGGAAUUGAAGCGUCAAUCGCGGGACAUCGAGACCGAGACCGAGGACGAGUUUCUCUUCCUGGUGCCCACCAAGGCGGAUGCGAAUAGUGGGGGUGUGAAUGGUGGCGUUAGUAGUGGUGGUGGGGGGUCGGUUUCCGACAAGAGUGUGAGCACCGUCGACUGCGUUCAGGAACUCCCUCGCCCUUCUCAUGCUCUCUUCGCUGGGCUGUUGAAGGGAUCGGUGAAGCCACCGGUGCCGAAGAACAAACCGAAAGUGCUGGUUGCGAUGGAAGGGAAGAAGCGGAUGGGUAUCAAGAUGAAGACGAAGGAGGGAGAGGCGGACGAGGAGGAGGGAGGGAAGAAACUGCCCCCCCGAGGCCAUCAGCAGAGACAGAGCCCUAGUCCAGGUUCAUUCGACGAGCAGGAGGAGUGGGCCAAGAUCACGGAGAUCAUGGCGUCCCUCUGCGGGGAUCACCCCGUUCUUCCUGCCUUCCGUGUGGAAAAGGAAGUCCUCCUCUUUAACCAUGUGGGUGGUGGUGGGCGUGAUGUGGGAGGCGGUGGGGGGGAGGAGGUGGCCGCGCUCGGUCGGUGGCUGGCAUCCCUGGAUCUUCCGCGGGACCUCCUACCCCGCUUUCUUGCCGACGGAUUCGACGACAUUCACUUCCUCGGAGAAGGUGUGCUGGAGGAUAGGGACCUGGUGGAGAUGGGAGUGGAAGACGAAGGGGUGAGGCAGAAGAUCCUGGACUCAAUCCCCUCUCUCCCCACCCUCCUCCCCAUCCCCGGGGAGACGUGGAGCCGGGAUUGCGGGACCCUGGACGGCUGGCUCCGUCACAUUCGUCUCCCGCGGUACCUGGAGGUCUUCCGCAAGAACCGCUACGUAGACAUGGAGCGGGUGAGGAGGAUCUGGGAGGUGGAGCUGACCACCGUGCUCGAGAUCCUCUCGCCCGGGCAUCGAAAGCGAAUCCUCGUCUCCCUCGCCCCCUACAACGACAGCCGGCCCAAGCAUCACAAUAGCAACGGGCACGUUAACAACGGCGUCUCCGAAGACUUUGAAGCGGAUCUCGCUGUCAGGCUUCAGCGAUUGAACUCUGGCAUCAUGGAGCUGGGGAAGCUGGGCGGGGAGGGGCGAGCCCGAGCACCACCGCCGCCUCCACCGACAGCGCCUCCACCCACAGGGGAAGAGGGGGAGUUGAAGAUCCGGGACCCGUCGGAGUUGGUGAUGGGUAUGCCCUCGGCCCUCGUCACCCGAUGGAGGCAUUCCCCCGACAACCUCAUCUCGGGCACCUGUGAUUACCUCGCUCAGUACCUGGGCUCGACGCUAGUCAAGGACCUGCAGGGCACGGAGUCCAGCCGGCAAUCCAUCCAGAAGUUGAAGAAGUCCACCCGCGACAUCGUGAAGAUGCCUAACAUCAUCCUGGCCAUCUCGUACACGGGCGUCAAGUUCAUCGAUGCUCAUACCAAGGACAUGGUGUGCGAGCACGACAUACGCAACAUCCACUGCGCCUGUCAGGACGCGGACGACCUUCGUCACUUCGCUUACAUCACCAGGGAUGAGCCGUCGGAGCAUCACUACUGCCAUGACCAGGCGACAGAGAUCAUCUUGACGCUCGGAGAGGCGUUCGAGGUAGCUUAUCAACUAGCCUUGCGGGACCUCAAGGACCCAAGGGACAAGGGCAAAGGUGGUCAUCUGCCUCAGCACACUCGGUCCCGGUCUGCUAACCACUUGGCAGUCCUCUCCACCAACCAAAAUCACAAUCAUAACAAUAACCAUAGCCACAACCACAACCGAUCUCACUCGGACCUUCCCAGUCAGACGACGAGCGGCCGGGCGCGGAGCCUGGAGCGGAAGAAGGGGGAGCCCCAUUCUCGGCUCAGUCCCGGUCGCAGCCACCCUCCGAUCCGUCCCGUCCGAGGGGUUCCAGGCGGGUUCCAGGCGGGUUCCGGGCGGGUUCCUGCGCGAGGUCAAAGGUCGUUUCGUGUCCAGGCCGAUGAGUGCAUCCCGGUGUGA